AAGAAAUCAGAGAGAAGAAAAUUUUGUCAAAAGGGCGCCGUAAGAUCCGCCGAAGCUUGAAUCUUUUUAGCUUUUCAAGAAUCUUUCAAACUCCUCAUUAUCCUACAGCGAGGCACUAGCGACCGGCUUGGGCUUUGUUGUUGACUUUAUGAGCGCAUCGAAACGAUGCCGCCUCCCGUUCGCACCAAGAGACGACCGGCGCUCCCUUCUCUGGUGCUGCUUCAGCUGUUGAUGAUCCUGCUCCUGCUGCUCCCCGCAUGCGUCCUUCGGGAUUGCAGAGCCGACGCCAUGCGCUUGAUGCCCGGGAGAAUCGGCGGCGGCGGCGUCGGCUUGAUCGUGACGGAGAAGAUGACGACGAGCCAAUCGCAAGUGGUGGGCUCGCACAAGAAGACCAAGCAAGAGUUGUUGCACAAGUACUUCGAUGGAAGACGCAACGCGAGUCCCACUGACUCAUCGUCGGUUCUUGAAGAGAGCAAGAGAAGAGUGCCCAGUUGCCCAGAUCCUCUCCACAAUUGAUCCCCAAGUGUUCCUUCUCUCUCUCUGCGUGUUUCUUCUUUCUCUGUUCCAUCAGUUUCUUGAAUUUUGUUAUUGAGUACCCAAAAUACCCACGAUUUUCUCAUCUGGAAGCUGGGCUCCUAGUAAGUCAAUGGAGGGAAAACCGGGGGUAUUUUGGCAUUUCCAAACCCUUUUUGGGUUCGUUUUCUCGACUGAGGAGGAUCCAGAAAUAUCUGGAGAGAGGUUCCUGAUGUGUACAGAGAAAGAAGUUCGAGAAUUGAUCAGUUUCCACAGUACAACUUACAUGGGCACUCAUUUUUUCUUUGUAUUUACGAGAUCUUCCAGGUGA